AUGUUCGGGCAUAACAAGCGACAUAAACCCGUUGCUCUUCCGAGCCAAGGUUGCCAUCGCUUGCCCGAGAUAAGUCGGCAAGAAGGACACCCAGCCGCGAAACCUUAUGUCCCAUUGAUGGACGUAGUUGUUGUGUUCUUGUCUCUCAUGUGUCUGGUACUCGCUGUCGUCACCAUCGACAAUCAAGAUCUUGCCGUACGUCUACGGUACACCGGGCAGAUUAUCAUCAUUGGCUUCUUAUUGAGUGUCAUGUCGCAAUGCCAUCAACGCAUUAUACCAUUCACCUUACUUCUGCUGGAAGCACGAUUCGGCUCUUCAAGCCUACAAAACUAUGAUGGCAUACUCCGCUGGUCGCCAUUUGCAACUCAACUCCAUCCCCUAUGGCGCACUGUUAUAUUCAUGUGCAUAGCAAUGCCGAUACUUCUAGCAAUAGGAUAUAAAUCAUUUACAGGCGGUGUUAGCAUUGCGCAAUACGGUGCAUCAAUCCAGUAUUUCGGCCCAACCGCUCCACCCGGACUCCAACAGAACGUGGCCGGCCUUAGCAUUAUGGCGAACGCAACAAUACCUUUUUUGGCGGCAUCUUUUGAUAAUUAUCCUGUGCCGACUCAAGCAGCAGACAACCCACCCACGUACGGUUUCAACUUGGUUUUGCUGUCAAACGGCUCAGCGGCAGCUCUUGACGGCCCUGCGCCAUCGUAUGUCAUUUCUCUGCAAAGGCAACUUGAUGUUGGGUCAGAAUGGCGUCUAAGUGCUGCAGUUCGUGCCACUGUUUCACAAUACAAUCGCAUAGCAGAACAACACCGCAAUGGCACCGACGCAUGGUGGAGGAGUUACUUGUCUUUGGUAUCACUAAAAUGGCAAACACUAGAUAAUGGUUACUUCUUCGGCUGGCUCAAUGUUGGAGUGGCUACUUCCGACGCGGCGAGCGCAUGGGAUGAGAGUUGGGCUCUUCUGGGUGUAUUCCCAGCACCAAUUAAUCAAUCGAUGCAAGCCAAUACCACUUGGAUGGAUGAUGCCUUUUCAAGGACUGCUAUCGGGUUUGAUCUUAAGCGCCAUCAAUGCCAAGGCACAUGGCGCAUUACUACAUCGUCGAUCGACCUAAUUAGUGGUACGUGUGAUGCAGAACCACUGGAUCCAGUGCAUCAAUACUUUACCAACAGUCAACUUAAUCUCGGUGACUUUUACCUUCCACUUCUAGCUGAAUACUUAGGUGCUUUCGGCACUACACGGAAUACCUCACGAUGGAUUCUGCCUUCUUUCGCUGUCUCCAUGGCUUCGAUGUACAGCUCGCGUAUCGCGGGGAGUCUAGGCUGGGUGCCACUCCAGCCUGAGGGUCUGUUAUAUAACGAAACCAACGUGGUUAGCUUCCCGAACCAACUCUAUUAUGAGAACUAUACCUCCAUUGUCACUCUCGAGCUGCACGUCCCUACAUUGAUUGCUCGCCCUGCCCUAUAUGCGCUGCUUGCUCUUCAACCAUUAUUGACAGUUGUGUCCUUCAUACUCGCCUUCGCCAUGUACGGAACGCCCAUUGGUCGGGGCUUUGGUAUGAUUACUGUCUUGGCAGGCGUGAAAAGGCAGAGUCUGGACAGGCUUACUGGAGCUGCUUUCUCUAGAGAUGUGAGAGAGAAGAUUGGACUGAGGAUUAAGGUUCGAAGAGAUUAUAGGGCUGAACAUGAGAAUAGAGUAGAGUAUGUUUUAGGAAAAGACGGGAUUACAGGGGAGAUUAUACGUGGGCAGAAGUAUUGA